GAAGUUGAAGGAGUGAAUUAAUUAGCUGAAAGUUCCGCAAAUGAUAAAGUUAAAUUAGAAUAGUGAGUGCAAUUUCAUAUAGGUUGACUUUUAGUCAGCGUAUUAAGAGAAUCGCAAAAAUUUGAAUUGUGUCUUCAACCUAUUUCAGUUUUUGUUUUAAGCAGCAUCAAUCAUAGUCAUGGCGGAUUCUUCCUCGGCUUCUUGCUCUCCCAAGCAAUGGAAGUAUGAAGUAUUCUUGAGCUUCAGAAGUCUAGACGCUUGCAAUUAUUUUACCAGCCGUCUCUAUUCUUCUUUGCUUGAUAAAUGGAUAAGUGUCUAUGGUGAUGAAAAACUUAUCAGAGGAGGAAAUGAGAUAACAUUGGAGCUCUCGGAAGUGAUUGAAGAGUCAAAGAUUGCUGUAAUUAUUUUCUCAAAAGACUUUGCUUCUUCAACAUUUUGCCUGGAUGAAGUAGUUAAGAUAAUUGAAUGCAGUGAAACUCAUGGACAGACAGUCGUACCAGUGUUCUUCAAGGUAGAUCCGUUGGAUGUGGAGAACCAAACCGGGAGUUUCGAGUCAGCUUUUGUUGAACAUGAAGUCGACGAUUUUGACAAGGUGCAGAAGUGGAAGGCUGCCUUGUUCAAAGCGGCUAAAAUUGCAGGAUGGAAAUCCACGCUCAACCAGAUAGACGCCUGGCUUGUUUAUAAAAUUGUGGAAGAUAUUAUGAAAAAAUUGAGCCAAUGUCCUGAUAAUUCAGAAUGCUUGGUGGGAAUUAAUUCCCGCAUUGAUGAAAUCACACAACUACUGUCCAAUGAGUCAAAAGAUGUCCGCAUAUUAGGAAUUUGGGGAAUGGGCGGCAUAGGCAAAACAACCCUUGCCAAAGCUGUUUUCAAGAAGAUAGCAUGUGGAUUUGAAAGCUGCUGCUUUCUUGAAAAUGUGAAGCACAGUUAUGAAAGAGAUGGUGGUCAUUACUUAUUAAAGGAACUUCUUUUUCAAAUUUCAGGGGAAAAAUGUGUUGGUAUCAGAAUUUCUAAUUUCCUGCGCUCUCCUUCUAUCAGAAGAAAGAUUAAUAGAAAGGUCCUGAUUGUUGUGGAUGAUGUGAAUAGAACACAACAAUUUGAACUUUUUGAAAAGAAUCGCUGUUUCUUCGGCAAAGGAAGCCGAAUCCUCGUAACCAGCAGAGACAAACAAAUGCUUUUGAGCAGUGUCGAUGACUUAUACGAAGUUCAGGAAUUAGAUUCGUUUGACGCUCUAACACUUUUGAGGCAGAAUGCCUUGAAGAGAAUCUCUCCAGUAGAAGAGUAUUGGCAUAUAUUAUCUCUGUAUGUUAAAAAUGCUUAUAGAAAUCCUUUGGCUCUAAAAAUCCUAGGCUCCUUUUUAUCUGGCAAGAACCGAAGAGAUUGGAAAUGUGUUCUAGAUAACCUGAAAAGGAGUCCUAUUAGAGGUGUUCAGGAUGUCCUGAAAAUUAGUUUCGAUGACCUUGAUGAUGAUGAAAAGGAUAUCUUUCUUUAUAUUGCAUGUUUUUUUAGAGGACGGAGUUGUAAAGAGGUGACAAGAAUCCUUAGAUGCUGUGGCUUGAAUGUAGAUAUUGGGUUAUGUGUUCUCAUGGAUAAAUCUCUUAUAGAGCUGAAAGCAAUUUCUGGAAAAAUAGAAAUGCAUGACAUGCUGCAACAGAUGGGCAAGGAAAUUGUUCUCCAAGAAUCUAGAGAGCCAUCCAAAAGGAGCAGACUAUGGGAUCAUGAAGAUAUUGUUAGUGUGCUCACAAAAAAUAAUGGAACUGAUGCAAUUGAAGCAAUAUUCCUGGACAUGUCCAGAAUUGAAGCCAUAGACUUAAAUCCAGAUGUUUUUAAGGGAAUGCCUCAUCUAAAAUUACUUUCAUUUUCCUAUGGGUCUGAAACCGAAACUGGUGAUAAGGUGCGCCUUUCUAAAGGCCUGCAAAGUUUCCCCAACGAGCUGCGAUAUUUGUACUGGCAUGGGUACCCAUUGGAUACUCUGCCAUCCAAUUUCCAUCAACUGAAAAUUUUAGAGCUUCAUUUGCCUUACAGCAAACUGAAAAUGCCACCAAACGGAAAUAUGAUCAAAAGCUUGCAAUUAGUUGACCUCCAUCAUUCCAGCGGCAUAAUCAAAGUUCCAGAGCUUACAUUGGCUGCAAAUCUUGUUCUGCUAAAACUGUCUGGUUGUGAAAGAAUGAGAAGUUUUCCGAGUACACUUGGUUUAAUGUCUCUUGAAUGUCUAGACCUUUCCGGCUGCUUGGGACUUGAGGCAUUUCCGGAGGUUUCGAGGAACCUAAAAGGCCUAGUUUUAAGUUAUACGGCCAUAAAAGAAGUGCCAGCAUCACUCGGCUCCCUCAGCAAGCUGGCUAUUUUGAAUUUGGAAUGUUGCAUGAAUCUUGAAACUCUCCCCAACAACAUGAGUAACUUGAAAUCCCUUGAAACUCUUGAUGUAUCUGGCUGCUCACGCCUAAAACAGUUCCCAGAAAUCUCGGAGAUCAUGGAUCAUUUUGAGUCUCUUUAUCUGGAUGGAACAGCAAUUGAAGAGCUACCGUCAUCGAUUGAUAAUCUAAAAGCUCUUAGUUCACUCAGACUUAAAAAUUGCAGAAAUCUUGUUUUUCUUCCCGAAAGCCUUGGUAAUUUAAAAUCUCUUGAAAUUUUAUAUCUUCAGAGUUGCAAAAAACUUACAAGUUUGCCAGCAAAUUUAACAGUUUCUACAAGUCUAAAAGCAAGUGGAUGUGGUAUGUUAAGAUCAGUUCCUGAGCUGAGCAGCUUAUCCUUGAUAUCUAAACUAGAUCUUAGCAACAACAGAUUUGAGUCACUUCCUGGAAGCAUUCAACAACUCCACGAACUCCUACAGCUCGACAUAAGUUUCUGUGAUAGGCUGAAAUCGUUGGCACAUCUUCCUUGGUCUCUACAGUACUUAAAUGCUCACGACUGCAGAUCAUUAGAACAUGUAUCUGCCCCUAUACCCUUUUUCGGAUUUGACGACGAUAUGAGCUCUUAUAUUGAAGAAAAGAAAUUUGAAUUUACUAAUUGCGUGAAAUUGGAUCCAAACAAAUCGUGGGGCAAGGUUCUAGCAGAGGUGGAGAAUAGGCUUCAACAUUCGGCGAAUGUGCUUAAUAAAUCUGAUAGGAGAUACGAUACUAGUAGGGUGGUGAUGUAUCCUGGAAAUGAAAUUCCAGAGUGGUUUACAUAUACAAGCAUGGGAAAUUCAAUUAAAAUCCCAUGCUGUAAACGUUCUGAUGAUUGCUUGUUUUGUUGGGAUAAGGCUGCAUUGUGUUGUGUUAUCGCAUUUCCGGAUAAUUAUCGUGGCGGCUGGCUGCAAAUUGAAUGCAACUUGUCAAGCUAUGACAAGGAUACUUUCGACAUAAGGAGAUAUAGUAACACUACGUUUGCGUAUAUGUCAAACCACGUAGCCUUGUGUUACCCUGUAACAGCUCCACGACGUGAAUACGGCACAGGAGAGGGUCCUUGGAUAGAAAUAAAGAUAUACUGUGGAUUUGAUAUUUUGGAGGUGAGCAAGUGUGGAAUAUAUCCUCUAUGCAGCUGUACACAGAAAUGCAGGCUAUUGCCAUUGGAAGAGAACGACAAUGAAAAACAAGGAGAUGGCCAUUGGAACACCAAUGGAAGGGGAACAGAAGAGGAAUCCGAACCACCAUCCAAAAGACCAAAACAAGCCUAGUUUUCCAUUUUGUUAGGACUU